UUUUGCUAAGAAAGGGAACGAAAAAGUCCACGAUACUUUUAAUUUAGACUGCAAUGACUGAUUUUGAAACGCAGAAUGGCUUCCCGCCAAUGAAAAAUGAUCUGAUUUUGCGAGCAGCCCGUGGGGAAACAACUGAGAGGGCUCCCGUGUGGGUUAUGAGGCAAGCGGGGCGCUAUCUCCCAGGUGAGUUGCUGAGUCAAGAUCGUGAUUUUACGCUCGGCACGCAACUAAGAUUUCCAGUUACUGGUCUAGUUCCUGCCAUAGGCUGGAUAACUUUGUGAUUUCUUGUUAUCCUAGUUAAAGCUCCCUUAGCACUUUUUGUUGUUGUUUCAUCGGUCGGGUCAUUUCAGCUGACUUUGAUGCACAGGAUACCCAAGCGCAAAAUGAAGGCAAAAGUGGCGUCAUUUAACCUUUUCCCAUUCAAGUAUUGUACUCUUACAGUGAGUUUAAGGGGGAAAUAAAGCUGUUGAAUUGUGGCAGUUGUGGUAACAUGACGGAGGCACCCAUUCACCCGACAUAUCAUGGACACAUUGGAUAAACUCCACUGUAAUUGCUAGAGAAUGACAUGUCAGGAAUGAGGCAGAAUACAGCUGUACAAAGUCAAAAGCUGUUAUACAUAUUUGCAUGGGGCAGGAGGAGAGAUCUCAAGAGGGGUUAGGGGGCAAAAAAACUUUCCCUAAUGACAUGCCAAUAAGUUAAUAUUUUUUUCUCAGAAUUCCGUAAAUUGAAGGAAGAAAACAAUGCUGAUUUCUUCAAGAUGGUUCAAACUCCUGAGUUGGCGUGUGAACUUACUUUACAGGUAAAACAAGUUUUGAUUAUUUUGAAAUCUGACUUUUAGGAUGCAUCCACUUUGCCAGGUCUAUUUAUUAUGCAACACUUGAAACCAUAAUUAGUAAAUUUCAACAAUGAAUAAUUGGAUCAGGUAUAUACUGUGUUUUCUCAAUUAAUUAAUAACGUUCUUACAGUGUAUUUAAUACUUGUUAGAGCAUGAGUGCUUAUUUGUGGAAAUAUGGUAGAUUAUCUCCCAAAUUAUCUCACCUUGAUGUUGGUACUUUUUGCAGCCUAUAAGAAGAUUUCCUCUGGAUGCUGCUAUCAUUUUUUCAGAUAUCCUUGUCAUUCCUCAGGUGGGUAGACAUUUACUUAAGUCCUCCUGUAAUAUCAAGAUGCACAUUCUCCUCACUGUUCUCCAUACGUUUUUUAUUUGUAGUGCUUGAGAGAAUUAGUUUAAACAGCAAAGACAUCUCACCAGCGCUGAUCAUUGCACUCAUUCCCACUGACCUGUGCAUGUGAUCUGGCAGUGGUAUUGUGAGGAGAAAUUUGAUACUGGUCAUACUUCAGAAUGACUUUGGACAUGGGACCAGAGUGUGAUGGUGGGGGGGGGGGUUGGGGGUUGGGCAGCAAUAGUUGCGUACAGUAAAUUGUUGUAAUAAUUUGGGAGUUUGAGAAACUGAAUCCUGUUACCCUUAAUCAGUACUAAUGAGUCUUUGUUACCUUUUUUCUGUUUUUGAUUCAACAGGCUCUUGGAAUGACAGUUCAAAUGAUCCCUGGAAAAGUAAGUCCUAACCCCCUAUCUGUGUGUAAGAUAAUGACCGAGCAGAUACUGUAAUAUGUUCCUUGUAUACUGUACAGACAUGCAUGUGUGAAUACGAAAUAAUAAUAAAAACCACAUGACUGGGUUAAGUUAUAUUAUAUAUAUAUAAUUUUAUUAGAAAUUAAAAAUUUUUGGAUGCAAAAUAAUUAUUAUAGUUUUUUUCUUCAAUAUUUUAGGGUCCAGUUUUCCCAGAUCCAAUCAGAGAACCAAGUGACAUUGAGGUGACAAUUAUCUUUUCCUGAAUUAUUUGCUCUUCAUGGGUGGGAGAACACUCAUUUUACUGUGCACAAUAUUGUCUACUUCACAGAAACUUAAACAGGAAGUUGAUCUACAGAAGUCACUGGGAUAUGUGUUUCGUGCUAUAACUCUGACAAGGGUUAAGCUGGAAGGCAAGGUUCCCUUGAUUGGUUUUUCUGGAGCACCGGUAAGAAAAGUGUCACUCAAUGAGGCCAGUCUUUUAGUGCUUCAAAUUAUUAUCCUCUCCUAUUCCUUUACAACAAAGUUCAUAGAAGUUUCUACUAAGAACAUGUGUUUGUCACUCUAUUUUUUAUGUUUGUUCGAAUGAAUGUAGCAGCGUGCAAAGAAAGUAGUGGCCGAUAGCGCAGGGCUUGUGGAUUUUGCUAUCGGGCUAGUGAAUUUUGUCUUUAACUUGCCCGACGGGCAAGUGAUGUUUUUUUUAGGAAUUCAAAUAACAGAAGAAAUGUGAAAUCAAUUCUGCUAGUCAAAAAGUUUUUGGGGCUAGUUGAAAUGACAUCUGGGCUAUUAAAUGCUAGAUUCAGCUUGCCCAAAUGGCAAGCUGUAAAAAUGAAUUUCAUUGAACCCUGAUGUAGGUUUCUGGGAAACUGCCCACCUACGCCUCCCCUAACCCAUCAUUUUGCCCAAAGUAAGAAUUAAGUGUUAAUGUUAGCUUAGGGGAGGGGUAGGUGGGCAGUUUCCCAGAAACCUAUUGAUCCAUUUGUUCACUAUAAACAAAAUUAAUGAAGGCUAAUAAAAUAAUAAUAAUUAUCAUUUGGAAACUAUAUUUAUUUAUUAUUAACUCUCUUCUAUGUAUUAAACAACCACCCUCUAUUUAGCUGCCCGGUAAUAGAGUCCCUGCAGACAAAAUUGUCGGUAAUUAAAUUCACUGUAAACAAAACCUCUAUAUAUAAGGCAUUAACUACUUGUCCCUUCCCUGAGGGUGGGUGGGUGUUAAAUAGAGGUUUGACAUUACAGUUUAUGACAGAAUAAGGAUUAUUUUUGCAAACAUGUUUCACAGCCUGCAUGGGAAUGGAGCCUGUUUGAUACGAAACCAUUAGUACCAUCAAGUAUAUAGUUCUUUAGACUCUUGUUAUUUAACAGGAAUCUUCUAUUUAACUUAUUGUUGAGUGUUUUCUUUUUGAAGUGGACCCUUUUGUGCUACAUGAUUGAAGGAGAAAGUAGCAAGACUUUCAACAAAGCUCGUAAAUUCUUACAUCAGCAUUUAGAAGUUUCCAGUCAACUUCUGCAGAGGAUGACAGAUUUAAUUAUUGAUUAUCUGGUGCUACAGGUCCGAGCUGGAGCUCAGGUAAAUAUUAUAUGCAGUUAAUAAUUAUUUAUUACAAUUAUUACCAUCUGAAUCAUCUAUUCCCAGAUUUGAAAGGUACGGUACCUGUACAGUGCUAUCCUCCCCCCCCCUCCCCCUAUAAAAAACCCAACAAACUGUUAGGUAAGGUAAGGUAAGGUAACGCCUUUAUUUAAAGAGGGGAAACACGUGACAGUUAUGAAAAAAACUGAUAAACUUGUGACUGCAUGUUUAAUUACAAUGGAAACUCUCCUUUAGCAACUGCCCGGACCAUGACUAACCAACUAGCUAUAGUUAAGGUCAGCCUUACCCUGUUUGAACUGUGUCUUGAGCUUGAUCUGUACUUAAGUGAAAAUUCAUCAUUAAAAGCUCUUGUAAGGGACCAUUAUCUGUAUGUGACCUCGACUGAGAAGUUUUACUGUGAAAUAAAAUUUGACUUGUAACAUGGUCUUACAUAAAUUUUGAUUUAACUGCUAGGUUGAUUCUUAAUUUAAGGAAACUGAGAAGCAACUUUGGUUAAGAUUUUAGCCUUAAGUCAAAUUUGACCUGUGACAACAACAAUAAUAUUAAAACAUCUGUGCAUAGGCCUUGUAACCCACAGGUAGGAUUUUUUUGCUGCUAAUUAAUUAUUUGUCUCAUUUAGAUGCUGCAAGUGUUUGAGUCUCACGCAGAAGUGAUAGGUUAUGACACUUUCACACUUUGUUCACUGCCAUACCUCAGGCAAAUUGUUGAAAAAGUGAAGGAAAAGUUAGGAUCUGAUGCUGUCCCAAUGGUGAGCUGCCAGCUUAAUAAUGUUGAGUCUUCAGACUAAUUGAGUGAACAUUAAAAUGUACAUGAAAAGAUGGUCUAGGGGUUUCUUUUUAUAUUUAUUUUAUAGAAAUGAUACUACACAAAAUCCUAUAGGGUUACAUACUACUGAAAUAAAACCAUUGGGCAGAGCAUUUGUGUGGUCAUCAUGAUACUUAUUUUUUGGAAUUUUACAAAAAGGAAUUUGAAAUUUUUGUACAUUUUAUCCUUUGGCCAUAAUAGACAAAGACUGUAAGGAUUAACAACUAUUUUAAAAAUAUUCUUUUUCUGCUGCAGACAAUUUUUGCUAAGGGUGCACACUAUGCCAUUAAAGAACUUUCUCAGACUGGAUAUGAUGUUGUUAGCUUGGACUGGACAAUGUCAGCUAAAGAUGCAAGGUGAGGCAAGAAUUAUUGUAAACCCAUCAUUAUGAUGCUUAACCCUUUUAGCCCCAGAUAUCCAUGUACAAAAUUCUCCAGACUAAUGUCUCGAUACAUCGCCUUAAAGAAUGUUGAGUGAAUUUGAAAAAAGAUCAAAGAAAUUCUUUGGUGAUCAAUUUCUAAAUACUCAUACACUUUUCUCUUGAUGAUGUGCAAACAAUGUUAGGAGAAAAUUGAUGUUGGUCACUCGUGGGACUGAAAGGGUUAAAGGGUCUUAAGUGCAGAUCGGCUGGUAUGUAUUUUGGUGCAGAGUUGCCCUGCAGAGGGGGACAUACUAAAAGAUAUAAAUAUGCAUGUACUAGGUAACGAAUGCUGCUCAAAGGUCAGGGUUUUGAAGCAUUUGGUCUGGAAAUUAUAGGGUAUCACUUCAGGAAAUUUGAUCACUUGUGAAGAGCAUAACAGGUUCUGGUUCAUACAUGUAGUAAUUAGUCUUGGAUAGGGUAGGGAUUUUGUGCCGAUAAUGUCUAGAAUAGCGUACUUGCAAAAUGCAGCUGCAUGAAUCUGGUAUAAUAUAUAGGUCCACAGUCCCAGCAGACAGUACACUCUGUUCCAAAAUGUCAUAGAUUAGCUCCUGAUGUAUCAUGCUGAUCGUGUAAUGAGGCCAGCCCUGUUAGGGUAAAACUUCAACAAGCAAGAUGGCCUUGAAACAGAGACCUGAGACACCUAAAAUGGUGAAAAAAGACACAAAGAUGGGUAAAACUGUGACCCACCUUAACAAAGAAAAUUGCCAAAAUAACAACAGGGAUAUAGGUUCCUCCUCAAUACACGAAAAGAUGGGUUUUGAAAUUUAGACUAGGGACAUAAGUAUCACCCCUAUGAGGGCCUCUGUGAUUACUGGGUGCCCAAAAGAAUGCUACUACAGCUGUAGCUGCAGCCUUGUGCCCUACCUUACUUCUCUGAUGCUAUCCAAUGAUCACGUUAUUGGAUGUUUAGUCUCCAUCAACCAUCACAGCAGAUUCCUCAAGAGACUGUGGCAACCCUUUGUUUUUGCAAUCCUGCCGUCCUGUACCACUGAAUUAAUUUCGUGCAGUAAGAGAUCGUAAUCGAUUAGGAAUCGACUAGCUGCCAAGUAGAAUUAUAUUGUCCUCAAACUGUGUUGUCUUACUUUGAGUCAGAUCAUCAUUAGGUAGUACUGCCACUUUGCUCUUUCAGCUGCAGACAUCCAAUCUGAUCCCACAAAUAAAUUCCAGUUUACUGAGGUGCUAUCUACGUCACGUACUUUAAUGAGUAACAUUUUUGUUGGUAGGAUUGUUGCACCAACUGUGACUCUUCAGGGGAACCUUGAUCCAGCCGGUCUUUAUGGAAGCCAUGUAAGUAAUAAGUUAAAUUAUUAUACAUUUUACUCACUCUCUGACUUCUCAUUGGCUAAGACCCUACACUUACCGGUAAUUUGGAAAUCAGCGCAACCUAAAGAUUAGUUAGUUACAGUGGAACCCUGUUAAUGCGACCACCGUUGGGCCAUAAAAUCCUAGUCGUAAUAACGAGGUGGUCGCAUUAACGGGGUCUUCAAAAUAAUAAAAUGACUCAAUGGUUUUUACGUUUGGUUUGAAAGAAUAUGGCCGUAAUAACGAGGUGGUCUUAUAAACGGGGUGGUCGUAAGGCGAGGUUCCACUGUACCUGCUAGCAGAUUAGUGAUUAAUCUGUAGGGUGCAAGCACAUUCUUGAUUUCCAAGACCAAUGUCAAAACUGUGUUCCAUGUAGUGCUGUGUUUGUCCUUAUUUUCUUCAAAACAAUGUAUAAUACAACUAUUAUUAGAUUCAGUUCUUGUGCUAUCAGGAAUAAUCAUAGUCUCCCCGUGAGUUAUCAGCCUCGGCCUUACCUCGGCUUUGACUAUUGUGCAUGUCACAAAAACCUUAUCCAAUAAUUGUGUAUUAAAAUCCCUAUUCAUCGCUGUUUCUUUGCUGGUGGCUCUUGGUAAUUUUGCAUCAAUUUCAUGGUACAUUAAUACACCAUAUAAGAGGGCCAGAUUUGUAAACCUAUAAAGUCCAGUUGAAAAUGUUUUUGCAUAAAUAUGAUUUAAUGAUUUUAAUGGUUCGCUUGCUUUUGCAGGAGGAUAUUCGUUAUGCAGUGAAGAAUAUGCUGAGAAAGUUUGGUACUCAACGUUACAUCGCUAAUCUAGGACAUGGGAUGCAUCCAGACCAUGAUCCAGAAAAACUUGCCACUUUCAUAGACACUAUCCAUUCCUACUCAGAAACAAUGAAUGAAAGAAAGCUUAGUGGUGACUGACAUUACAACCCUGAAUCAUGAGGAUAGUUAACAUUGAUUCUUUCCCAUAUUGCUGUCAAAAUUUCUUUAAGUAAAACUCCAUCAAAAUAAUUAUUUUUGACUUUGAUGUGCUAGUCAGUUUGGAAAAUAAAAUAAAGUUUCAUACAUACACUCAAAUCUCCAUGUCAUACCACCUCCUAUAACCAACCACUUAUCCAAAACACCAAAAUUUUCCCAGGCAAAGCCUUAUAGUUGGAAUCUCUAGUAAAUGACCACCAUCUCGGGUGGUUGCUUACAGGAGGUUUGACUGUACAUGUACGUUAUUUUUGUAAAACCAGCAACAUGUUGUCACACCACGCCACAAAGACAACUGUGCCGCGGAACAGCAUUGUCUGUGGCUACACAGGCCAAUGUGGGAAUGACAGUCUUUGCUGCAAUGCAUGCAUAUAUGAAUAUUUGCCUCAGUAUCUAGCUGCCUGUCUUUUCUUUUUUGUCUCGUUGUUUCUUGUUUUUCAGCGACCUCAGGCUAGUUUCAAUGUAUUGGACAGUUACGAAGGUAAUUUCUUCCAAAUCACAGACACGCUAACAGAGAAACUUUGUAUUUUGUUGCAUUGUUAAGAUAAAAUUAUUUAUGUUUCGAUGUAUUUUUCCUGAAGUAAAGUAAUCUAAAAAUAAUUUAUGGACUUCAGUCAAUAAAAGCAAC